CAUCCAUGUUGCUGGGCUGGCAGGAGCAUUGCACACAGAGGACCCAGCCCCAACCACUGAGACUGCUGCAGCCGUGCGAUUAGCAUGCUGGACCCUCACAAGCGGCCUGACAGGCCUUGGAGACCGGGCAGUGAGCAUGGCAGCUCUCGGGACUCACUUACAGAAUACCUGACUUGCCAGGUUCCCGUGGCCCCUGCUCGGAUCUAGGGCCCCGCAGAGUGACCGCCUACAUCUUAUGUUCCGCACCCAACGUUCUCUCUACGUAAGGAAGCUUUGGAGACAGCGCUGCACAACGCCAAGCCGGGGUCAGGGGGAGGGGGCGCCCCCCAGCCCCGAAGACCUCCUUAAUGGCCUCCGCCCCGCGGCACACCAGCUCUUCAUGAAGCUGAAGGAUGAGCAGCUGUGGCGGCUGGCGGAGGUGGUGGAGAGCAAAGGACGAUGGGACUGCGGCUGUGUAUGUAUCCCGUGGGAGGCCCGUUCCGGGAAGACGGCGGCCCUGCUCCCCCAGGUGCUGCUGUGUAAGCUGUACCGCUGGCCGGACCUGCGCAGCACCGCAGAGCUGAAGAGGCUGUUUCACUGCGCGGAGUACUGCAGGCGGAGCGACGAGAGCACCGCACUCUGCUGCAAUCCCUACCACGUCAGCCGCCUGGCGGCUCCAGAACCGGCCGUCUCAUUACCCUACAAGGCUAGAGAACCCGCCCGGCCCGUUCUGUCAUUCAGCUCCUCCAUCAUACACCAGGAGACCAGCUGCUGCAAUGUCCGAGGCGUGCACGACACCACCCUGUCCAGGGGCUCACACAGAGACGGCCACUGGUGUAAACUGGCGUACUGGGAGCACCGGACUCGUGUGGGGCGUCUCUACAACGUCACAGACCCUUCCAUCCACAUCUUCCAUCACCUGCCCAAAGGGAGUGGGUUCUGCCUGGGCUUCCUGGGCUGUGAAGCUCGCAGUGGUGCCGUGAGACGGACGCGGAAGAAGAUCGGCCAAGGCCUGGUUCUGAGCCGAGAGCAGGAUGAAGUGUGGGUGUACAAUCGCAGCGAUCACCCGGUCUUCAUCAAUUCCCCCACCCUGAGUGCCCGCGGGCAGCCUGUGCACAAGCUUUUACCUGGUUACUCUAUCAAAGUGUAUGACUCUGUGCAAGCAGCCGGCUUAUCGGGGUAUUCUGCGCUGGGGGACGGGCCCUGUGACACCCACAGUGUGCGCAUCAGCUUUGCCAAGGGCUGGGGGGCCUGCUAUUCCCGUCAGUUCAUAACAUCCUGCCCCUGCUGGCUGGAGAUCCUGCUCAGCACCCCAAAAUAAUGGACGUUCAGCCUACACCCCAUAAGCCACGUGUACGUGAGCAAGAAAAUAUUGUCUGACUCCUGGCCGCUAUGACGUUGAUCUUGGACUCAAUAAUAUAUGUUACUCAGUGUGGCUCCAUCAUCCUUGUCAUCUGAUCAACACAUUACCUGUGCCACCUGCUCAGCACAAGCUCCGUCAUCUGUGCCACCUGCUCGGCACAAGCUCCAUCAUCUGUGCCACCUGCUGAGUACAAGCUCCACCAUCUGUGUCACCUGCUGAGUACAAGCUCCACCAUCUGUGUCACCUGCUGAGUACAAGCUCCAUCAUCUGUGCCACCUGCUGAGUACAAGCUCCACCAUCUGUGUCACCUGCUGAGUACAAGCUCCAUCAUCUGUGCCACCUGCUGAGUACAAGCUCCUCCAUCUGUGUCACCUGCUCAGCACAAGCUCCAUCAUCCGUGCCACCUGCUGAGUACAAGCUCCAUUAUCUGUGCCACCUGCUGAGUACAAGCUCCACCAUCUGUGUCACCUGAUGAGUACAAGCUCCAUUAUCUGUGCGACCUGCUGCGUACAAGCUCCGCCAUCUGUGCGACCUGCUGCGUACAAGCUCCAUCAUCUGUGCCACCUGCCGAGUACAAGCUCCAUCAUCUGUGCGACCUGCUGCGUACAAGCUCCAUCAUCUGUGCCACCUGCCGAGUACAAGCUCCAUCAUCUGUGCCACCUACCGAGUACAAGUUCCAUCAUCUGUGCACCUGUUGGGUACAAGCUCCAUCAUCUGUGCAACCUGCUCAGUACAAGUUCCAUUAUUUGUGCCAUCUGCCGAAUACAAGCUCCAUCAUCUGUGCCACCUGCCGAAUACAAACUCCAUCAUCUGUGCCACCUGCUCAGCACAAGCUCCAUCAUCCGUGCCACCUGCUGAGUACAAGCUCCAUCAUCUGUGCCACAUGCUUAGUACAGGCUCCAUCAUCAGUGCCAUCGGCUGAGUACAAGCUCCAUCAUCUGUGCCACCGGCUGAGUACAAACUCCAUCAUCUGUGCCACCGGCUGAGUACAAGCUCCGUCAUCUGUGCCCCCUGCUCGGCACAAGCUACAUCAUCUGUGCCACCUGCUGAGUACAAGCUCCACCAUCUGUGUCACCUGCUGAGUACAAGCUCCGCCAUCUGUGUCACCUGCUCAGCACAAGCUCCAUCAUCCGUGCCACCUCUUGGGUACAAGCUCCAUCAUCUGUGCCACCUGCUCAGUACAGGCUCCAUCAUCUGUGCCACCUGCUCACUACAGGCUCUAUCAUCUGUGCCACCAGCUGAGUACAAGCUCCAUCAUCUGUGCCACCUGCUGAGUACAAGCUCCAUCAUCUGUGUCACCUGCUCAGUACAAGCUCCAUCAUCUGUGCCACCUGCUGAGUACAAGCUCCAUCAUCUGUGUCACCUGCUCAGUACAAGCUCCAUCAUCUGUGCCACCUGCUGAGUACAAGCUCCAUCAUCUGUGUCACCUGCUCAGUACAAGCUCCAUCAUCUGUGCCACCUGCUGAGUACAAGCUCCAUCAUCUGUGUCACCUGCUCAGUACAAGCUCCAUCAUCUGUGUCACCUGCUCAGUACAAGCUCCACCAUCUGUGCCACCUGCUCAGUACAAGCUCCAUCAUCUGUGUCACCUGCUCAGUACAAGCUCCACCAUCUGUGUCACCUGCUCAGCACAAGCUCCAUCAUCUGUGUCACCUGCUCAGUACAAGCUCCAUCAUCUGUGCCACCUGCUGAGUACAAGCUCCAUCAUCUGUGUCACCUGCUCAGUACAAGCUCCAUCAUCUGUGCCACCUGCUGAGUACAAGCUCCAUCAUCUGUGUCACCUGCUCAGUACAAGCUCCACCAUCUGUGCCACCUGCUCAGUACAAGCUCCAUCAUCUGUGUCACCUGCUCAGUACAAGCUCCACCAUCUGUGUCACCUGCUCAGUACAGACUCCUUCAUCCAUGUGGCCUGUACAGAGCAAGCUCCACUUUGUCAUAUUUGGACUCAACUUCAUUCUUGGAAGCCGCAUCUGGCGCCUGUAGGACACAGCUCCAUCGUUCACGUGGCACUGUGUGCGCUGUGUCAUCAUUGUCGAUGUACCCCUUCCACGGAUUGUCCUGGACACAGAUCUGUAAUAUGUCUCAGUACCCACCGUAUAUCAUGCAGAUAUCUACCUCUAAUUACUAAUAUGUCGUUAUAACCUACUCACUCCUGGUGCCAGCGCCUGUAACGUGAGCUGAGAGCCAGUGCCGGAUCCACCUGCAGUCUCCUUAGCGCCAUCAUCUGGAGAGUGCUGGAUUUACUUUACUGAGCACCAAGCAUGUGAUUUCCUGAGGAGCAUUGUGUCACUAUAAUCCCUCUGUGUAACAGCUCUGUGACAUAUAUAUAUAUAUAUAUAUAUAUAUAUAGACCAGCUAUGCAAUAUAUAAUGUAUAUUAUAUCAGGGCCCCCCCUGGCAGGUACAUAGUGAUUAUAUAUCCUGCAGAUUAUUACAUAAGGGCCCUUGUGUCAGUAUAAUCCCUCUGUGUUCCAACCAUGUAAUAUAUAGAUAGAUAGAUAGAUAGAUAGAUAGAUAGAUAGAUAGAUAUAGACCAGCCCUGCGAUAUAUGAUUUAUAGAUCACCACUAAUUUUCUAGAAUGCAAUAGAGAAACAACAGCUAGAAUCUGACUGGUUGCUAUGGAAACAGCACCACUUGUCUGUCAGAGAAGUGUUAGUACAUCUCCCCUGGCUGUGCCUGGUUCUAAUAUAAGGUAACAGGGUAAUGCCGGUGACACACAUGACCGCGCCCGGCUGUGUGACUGGGAUGAGGGCCGGCGACACUAGGGUCCUGGCCCCUCUCGCAGGGAUUUCUAUAUGGAGCCAUACUGUAUAUCGGGUACAGCAGCCGUGGAAGAGUACAGGAAUGUGUCUGUGGUAAAUAAAGAAUUAGUAUGUUGUAAAAUUGAGAGUGGGUGGGUGUAACUUUCCUCAGAGCCACCCCCAUAGUGAAAGCAGGCCUACGAGUGCUUAGCUGGCUCCCAUCCAAUCCUGGGCGUAUGGGACUCAAUGACGCAACGUGGGUCAGAAUGCCCAACGCAGCGCGAGGAGGCUGCAGAGAGAUGAGCGGGCGCUCUCCAGAGUCCAUAGGUCACCCAGUGUCUCCGGACGUACUGGGAGUGUCGGAAGUUAUGAGCAAGUGUUGGUGACGGGGCCCUACAACACUGACCUGUGGGGCCCAGACAGUUACUGCUGAGUGUGAGGAGGAGGUGACGUUACAGGGAAAGUGACUGCGAGGUACCGCCAGGGGACGUAUACAGGGGCGCUGCUCCACACCCGCUCAGUAACUCAACGUACGGCCAACUUUGGCCAGUCAGAUGGAAAAUAGAUAUAAUCCGUAUCUUGCUAUACAGAUAUCAUUAGGGUAAAAGUCAAAAUCACACGCAGAGGACAUAUACGCUGUAGAGGAGGCCAUUUUGUUGGUUGAACUUGAGGAACUAACCCUAAACAUCCUACAGCUGAGAAUGGUAUCCUGUGCCGCAGCACGGCGAGCAAAGCAAAAAACAUAAAAAACUUGUGUCGACCUUUUCAUAUGUGGACCUUGUGCUUGUCGACCAUUUGCGGUCGACUUUGACACUAACGACCUUUUUACGGUCUGAUUUUUGAACCACACCCAUCGACAAAGUGCUACUUAUCCGACUGAAAAUCAUAUUCCCAAGUGUCAUCCUCACGUCUGCCACUAGGUGGUGAAGCAGAGCUGAUUAUUCUGCGCUGCGGUCACAUGACUCCCUGUACUGCUCAUUGUAAUCAGCUUAUUAUAUGUUAUGAGUGUAACCAUCCUGUUUAUACCUGGGUGUAUGUACUGUCUCAGUAUUAUUUAUAUAGCAAUGUGUUACCAGUAACUUACAGCAUACCGGAGGUUUAUAGCGAGAGGUAGUAUUAUAGCGACGCUCGUAAUAUACUUAUAUAACGCUCUACCACAGUUGUGGGCCUGCGCUGGCGUCAAUUCCAGGAAAAUAAAUAGCCAUAGUGUAAGAAUAAUAAAUAAAGGGCUUAUUAUUAUAUUUAGGUGGGAAUUGCCCUUUUGGGGAGUGCUGCCACCUAUCUGUAGAAAGGUUAUACCUCUACGGUCUUCACUUUGGACCCAAAAACUAUUAAAUGCGUUGUUGUGUCGCCGUCUCCGACGCACUCACUUUCCGCCUAUUUGUGUAUUUGUUUUAUUACUAAUAUUCUCAAUAUUCUGUAACAGCAUUUAUUGUCUAAUAAACAUUACUAACGACA